AUGAGCGGAAGCGCUGCCGCCGCGGUCGCCGCCGCCGCCGCCUCGGCCGCCGCCGCCGCCGCCGCCGCGCACUUCCACCAGGCUCAGUCGUCCUCUCCCAGGCCGGGCCCCGCCGAGCUCGGGCCGCUGCGCCGCCCGCGCCCCCCUCCGCCGCCGCCCCGGCCCGAGCCCGCCGCCGCCGCCGCAGACCGCCUGAGCCCGCCGAGCCACGGGCCUCAUCGGACGGGUGCGCAGGCUGGCGGCGGCGGCGGCUGCGGCCGAGUGCCCGGAGCAGGUAGUGUUGGUGCUUCUUUUCAGUGCCAGUCCAUCCAUCACGACCACAUUUGUUAUGAUGACAGUGACAAGAUAUCUCCCGGGGCCAAUUCAACACCUCUACCUGGCCAUCCUAACAAGGUGAUUUGUGAGAGGGUGAGACUACAGAGCCUGUUCCCUCUUCUCCCAAGUGAUCAGAACACUACCGUUCAAGAGGAUGUUCACUUCAAAGCUUUCUUCCAGAGUGAAGAUAGUCCAAGUCCUAAGAGACAGCGCCUCUCUCAUUCAGUCUUUGAUUAUACAUCAGCAUCACCAGCUCCCUCACCACCAAUGCGACCAUGGGAGAUGACAUCAAAUAGGCAGCCCCCUUCAGUUCGACCAAACCAACAUCACUUCUCAGGGGAACGAUGCAACACACCUGCACGCAACAGAAGAAGUCCUCCUGUCAGGCGCCAGAGAGGAAGAAGGGAUCGCCUGUCUCGACAUAAUUCCAUUAGUCAAGAUGAAAACUAUCACCAUCUCCCUUAUGCACAGCAGCAAGCAAUAGAGGAACCCCGAGCCUUUCACCCUCCGAAUGUAUCUCCCCGUCUGUUACAUCCAGCUGCUCAUCCACCCCAGCAGAAUGCAGUUAUGGUUGACAUACAUGAUCAGCUCCAUCAAGGAACAGUCCCUGUUUCCUAUACAGUAACAACAGUGGCGCCACAUGGAAUUCCACUUUGCACAGGCCAGCACAUCCCUGCUUGCAGUACCCAGCAGGUCCCAGGGUGUUCUGUGGUUUUCAGUGGACAGCAUCUCCCUGUCUGUAGUGUGCCUCCUCCCAUGCUUCAGGCGUGUUCAGUUCAGCACUUACCAGUACCAUAUGCUGCAUUCCCACCCCUAAUUUCUAGUGAUCCGUUUCUUAUACAUCCUCCUCACCUUUCUCCCCAUCAUCCUCCUCAUUUGCCACCACCAGGCCAGUUUGUUCCUUUCCAAACACAGCAGUCACGAUCGCCUCUGCAAAGGAUAGAAAAUGAAGUGGAACUCUUAGGAGAACAUCUUCAAGUAGGAAGUUUUACAUACCCCCCAUCAGCCCAUCCCCCAACAUUACCUCCAUCAGCUCCUUUGCAGUUCUUGACACAUGAUCCUUUGCACCAGGAGGUGUCCUUUGGAGUACCUUAUCCUCCAUUUAUGCCUCGGAGGCUCACAGGACGUAGUAGAUACCGAUCCCAGCAGCCGAUACCACCUCCCCCUUAUCAUCCCAGCUUACUACCAUAUGUGUUAUCAAUGCUUCCAGUGCCACCUGCAGUGGGCCCAACUUUCAGCUUUGAAUUGGAUGUGGAAGAUGGAGAAGUAGAAAAUUACGAGGCCCUGUUAAACCUGGCAGAGCGACUAGGAGAAGCUAAGCCUCGAGGACUGACUAAAGCAGACAUUGAGCAACUUCCUUCUUAUCGAUUCAAUCCUAACAACCAUCAGUCAGAACAGACUUUGUGUGUAGUAUGCAUGUGUGAUUUUGAGUCAAGGCAGCUACUUAGAGUCUUACCCUGUAACCAUGAGUUCCAUGCCAAGUGUGUUGACAAAUGGCUUAAGGGAAAUCGUACUUGCCCAAUUUGCCGAGCUGAUGCUUCCGAAGUGCAUCGGGAUUCAGAAUGACCAGCCUAAGAGCACAAACUUAGUUCCGGGUGUUCCUCCUCACGUGUAUAUAUGGACUAGCCAUUGAACUUAACCUGUGUGGCUUCCAGCCUCCCUUUACCAAAAGGGUCAAUGGACCUUUCUUUGCACUGUGUGACUUAAUCAACUAUAAAAGCUUACAAUUAGUCUUCACAAUUAUGGGAUUGUUAUACUAACCGUGUGAUUGGAACUCCAAAGACUUUUUCUUUAGCUUAAUUUUGUGUGUGCACUAACAUUCCCUGGUUUUUGUGUGAUCAUUCCGAGUGUUGCUGCAAGAUUACAGUGGACGUGAUCUUUUAGCAUGUGCUUUUAUACAAAGUGGUAGCUCCAGAUGAUAUAGCAAUCUACCUUAUAUAGAGCCUUCAGAAACUGUGAGUGGAAGCGAGUGCAGCGUAUGACUGUUGGUGGUAAGUGUAUCUGUAGAGAGAAUGGGUAUACUUGUGUGAGGGCAUGGUAGCUAAUGUGUGUGUGAGAUCCUAUAUACCAGCAUGUACCAAGAAUGUGUGUGUAGUUUUAAUUAUGCUGCAAUGUAUAAUCUGGUGUGUUAUUUAAACAGCACUAGUACUGUACACUGGUUUUUCCCUUGUGUUUGCUGUUGCACACUAAUUGCUAAGGGUGCAUCAAUUAUAAGCGUUGAAUACUCCAUCCCCUUCCCUCCUCAAUGAAUGGAAUGAGAAAAGCCUUCUUCCUUUGCUUCAGGCAGCUGUCCCCUUCUCUUCAUUGGUGGUCCUGAGUGGGUCACUUAAAAAGUAUAACAUUCUCACUCCAUGACCUGAUUUUUUUUUUAAAUAUUAUUAUACUGUUGUGAAAAAGAAACUUUUAAGUCUCCAACUUGCUGUUUGCUGUUUCCAAAAAGAAGGUGCAAUAUCAUACAUCAUCAGUUAGCAAUAUUAGCAUUUCAAUCAAUGAUUUGAAUGUUGACAACUUUAUUUUUCCUUUACAUUUCCAGUAAGCUUCUUAAAGAAAGUACCUGUGAUUUUUUUUUUUAAUGUUUAGAUUUGUAGUGUACUCUGAAGAUAUUUGAGUAAUAUAUUUCUAAGAAUAUCACUGGUCCCAUGAAGCCUCAGCUCCUUGCCUUCCUUCCACCAGAACAAAAUCUGUUGACUCAUUCAGCUUGAUUUCUGAUACGUGUUCUUUGUUCAAGCUGAAAUAGGCAACUAAAUUGUUUAAGGAAAUGAUUUCUGUCCGUACUGCUUUACUUUCCGCACUCAGUUCUGGAAGUUUCCUUCCUGUUCCUCCCUCCCUCAAUAGGUGCUGUCCUUGAAGCCCUUGUUUCAGGAUGGAUCAAGUGCUGUGACAGCUCAUUUUCCUUAGGCCUGAUUUGAUGCUGUGACGUCUUCCUGCUUCUCUUGCUAAUUUUUGUUUGAAUGAGAAAGUUUUAAUACAACAGGUGCCCAGAAUACUUGUAGUAUAAAUGAAGAUUUGAUUUUUGUAUAAAAAAAUAAUGCUGUCAAACAAGAAUUGACCUUAAUUGAAUCUGAAUUAAUAUGCAGCUGUGUGGGUUUUUUUUUUUUAAUGAUUGAGCCUAAUUCAGAUUGUUGUAAGUCAUUUUUUCAACAUGUACAUGCCUUCCUUAUUCUUACAGCAUCAUCUGCCUAUUCCUGCAGUUUGUCAUUGCUUUGUUUUCAGUAGCAUGUGUUACAUAAUUCCAUCGGGACAGUGAUAACUUGCUGCCAGCUUCACUCAGCUCUCAGUUGGCUCUGGGUCAGAUUUGUACUUGGUGUUAACUACUUUUACUGCCAUACUGCUUGCCCUCCCUUGAAGUCUAUAAGCUCAAUACAGCCUAGAGUUCAGUAAAGUCAAUUCACACAGAAGCACAAUUUUGUCCUCUUCCAGACACUGUUGCCUCUAACUAGUCAAAUGAAUAGGAUUUUACUUACCUUCUGUUUGCCCAUAGAUUUGUUAGUGUGUCAGAAAUACACUCAAACAGUGGUAAGAUGCACGUUACUUUUAAAUCAUUAGGAUAAUCCCCUUCCUGUUCCUGAUGAAUAAAAGGUAUGUGAAAGACUAAAAUUAUUGGCAUAUAAUAAUCAGCUUCAGUACAAAUCAGUUUAAUCUUUAUUUUUUUAAUUAAAAAAUCAUGUUUAAAAUGGUAAAAGCUGAUCUUAUACAUAGACUCUUUUAUAUAGCUGCAAAAAAUUUCUAUCUGUACAGACCUUAACAUACUACACUCAGUAUUCAUUUUAUUGAAGCAUGCAAGUAAAGCACUUUUCUAAUUUAGAGAUACCUAAUCAACAAGGCACAUUGUAUGAAUGAUAGGAAAAGCUGCUUUUCCUUUCCUUCCUGACUAUGAAUUCUUGUCAUAAUGCCCCUUUUCUAGUAACUUUUUGAGAGGUAGUUGGCAGUUCAGGAGGCAGUAGGGUCUGGGUGAAGUCUUGUUUAAUUAGUUGUGCAGUUAUGACUGAUCUCUUUGGGAAUGUCUUCUCUAUGAUCCUGGUUUGCUUUUGAGGAGUUAGUGCACAUCAAGAGCACGCAUGGAUGUGAUCUCGGACUGCCACAGUGAGCGUCUUUGCAGCCAGCCGUCAUCGUCUUGGGUGGUGCAUUGAAGAAGCAGGCAGAGAGAUGGUGGCUUGUUGCCUUCAUCCUCUUUUCCUCCUGAAACAAUACUGGCUUUACCAUCUUAACUCAGCUGUGGGUUUUUUGGGGUUUUGGUUUGUUUUUGGCAUGAAUCAUAAGUGUCACCUCUACAAAACAGCUCAAGGCCUCUGAGUAUCAAAAUCUCAUAUUAGGAUUUUCUGUCCUGAUUUUUUUAAUUAAAAUCUGGAAAAUGUGAAAACAUUAGAUUUUAUAUUCUGAAAAUGUAAUUUGUUAAAAUUCUUAAAUUCUGGUCUCGUAAUUUUGAAUGAGAUUACAACUUCUAAGAACAAUUUUCAUGUACCUCUAGGCCUUCAGUAGAAAGCUAUUUCCCCCGUAGGUAUAUUUGGUUACCUCAUUUUGCUGUUUGUUUCCGAUUAUGAUAGCUCACAGGGGUGUGUGUUGGAAUCAUUUGCUGAGUCAUUUCCUCAAAUCAUACUCCAUUGUGUCAGUUAACAUAGUUUUAAAUGUAUGUAUUAUAAAUAUCUAACCAAAUCAUUUGAAGGCUUGAUAAAUUUUUAACAAAGUUUGUACAUUUUUUAUGAAAGUUACUAGUAAUGCUUUACUAAGUAGUGCAAUGAAUUUUUAUUUUUAAUCCCUGUGCCCAAUUUUGGAGUUGAGAGGGUUGUUGGUAAUAAAUGUAUGAUGUACACUUAAAA